UUCUAUCAUGAUCUUUACCAACACAUGCAAAUACACACAGAUUCUGGGAAUGAUCUGCACACAGCUAGGCCUUCCCUGUGUUGUGUUACACUCCAUGAUCAGACAGAAGGAGAGGUUGGCAGCCCUGGCUAAAUUUAAAUCGAAUCAGAUCAACAUUCUGAUUGCCACUGAUGUAGCCAGCAGAGGGUUAGACAUUCCUACGGUGGACUUGAUUAUUAACCACAAUGUUCCCAAUAAACCUAAGGACUACGUACAUCGUGUGGGACGUACAGCUAGAGCAGGUCGUCAUGGAACUUCUAUUACCUUGGUCACCCAGUUUGAUGUCCGUCUGGUUCAUGCCAUUGAGGAGUUUGUCAAUUCAAAAAUGGAUGAGUAUGAUACCAAGGAAAAAGAAGUAAUGAAGAUUUUGGUAGAAGUUGCUACUGCAAAAAGAGAGGCAGAAAUCAAAUUGGAUGAAAGAGACUUUGUGGUCCAAAAGGAGAUAAACAAAAGGAAGAAGCUGCUGAUGGAAGGGAAGGAUCCAGAUGAAGAGGCCAGAAAGAAACAGAAAUACAUCAAGGAAAAAAAUCUAGAACAAAAGAAGAAAAGGAAAGAAAAAUUUGAACAAAAGACUUGA